CUGCUUUCUUUUCUCUCCUUUGCAAAAGCUUCCUUGCUGCCCCUCCUGGAGUCGGGUGAGUCUCCUCUCUCUUCCCCCCGAGAGUGCAAUGGGGAGAAGGGGGUCCCAGGAGGUAUUCUCCUCCUUAGGCCUCCGAGACAGAGAGGGCCUUUCCCUCCUGGCCCCCUUCGCCUGUCCUGGCGCAGACCCCGGCGGAUCCCCCAAGGCCGCUUGCCUGGCGUCUCCCAACAGAGAGGCCUCCUCCGUGGGGCCAACAUGGCGAGGAGAGAGGCUGCCCUGUGGAGGCCAAGCCAUUGUUACGAGGCUGCUCUGCCACCCAGCUCGUCGGACUGAGUCCGCGGGUCCCUGCGGAGGAAAAUGAGCUCAGCCGGAGACAGGAGCAAGUUGCAGGAGAUCCGAGUUUAUUGCGCAACAGGUUCAAGGCGAGAUUGAACAGCGAGAAAGGGGUGACAUGAACUUUUAAAACUUCCCUCCAUGUCCCAGAAUACAGUGCAAAGUACAUCACGGGUGCAUCAUGAAUACAUUAAGAAGAGGUUGAGUUACACAGAUUACAUCACGAAUACAUUAGGAAGAGGUUGGGUUACACCGGAUUAACAUAUGGAGGAGGGAGGGGGGAAUAUGCAGAGCUGGAGAUAUGCGCAGAUAAGCGUUUCCUGAGUACUGGUGAUGAGAGGACAAUGGUCCAAGUAUGCAUAGUCUGCCACCUGGCAUUGCCCAGAGGAAAGGCUUGGCAGAGUGAUUUGACAGGAUUAGGGUCUUCCUGAGAAUACGUGACACCUCGCUUGAGGGAUUAUGGAGGACAGGGGAGGUGUCAUGGAGUCCUAGAGAAAUUGAGCCGAGAGGAGGCUGCUUUCUUCUCUCGCCUUUGCAAAAGCCCCUCCUGGAAUCGGGCAAGUCUCCUCUCUCUUCCACCUGAGGUGCAAUGGGGAAAAGGGGGUCCCAGGGGGGCAGGGGGGUCCCUGUUCAGAUCAUGCCUGGGGGGGGGGAGACCCCCAAGUCGGGGAGCAGAGGGUCCUCCCUUGUCCUCUCUGCCAAGCCAGGGAGGGGGCCACUUCGCAGGAGGUCCGAAGCUCUGUUCUUCCUUUUUAGGGAGGGGGUUUUGCGUGAAGGAAAAGUGGGCAGGCAAAUAAACCCCCAACAGACGGAGGGAAAAGUCACCUUUGUGAACAGAGGAUGUAAACAGACGGGAACAUUCCCACGUGGGAGGAGCACAGGGAGAAGAAAAGCCCGUCUGCAUCUGCAGCAGCAAAAUGGGACCACUUCCUGUGUCCCAGAUGCAACAACACAUGUCUCUCCCCUGUCGCUCUCCACACCCACAGCUGGCGCUGUUACCUUCCAACAACUGGAUCUCACUCCCAAAGACACACUCUUCCAUGGUCUCCCAAGACAGAUGGAUGCCAACCAACCAACCAUUCCCUCCCCUCACAAUGCACAAUUCCCUCCCCUCCCCCUCCUGGUGCCCCUGGAGGUUGGCUUGAGGGCAUUGGGAGGGUCCAACCCACCAGAUGAAGAGAGAGGAGGUCCUUCUAUCUGGAAAAUGGGAAUGCUUGCAAAGAUUUACUUGAAGAUGAGUGCCAUAUAGAUAAUUAAACAUUAUUUUGUGGAAUUCCCCCAUUUACACAAAUAUUAAUACCCAUCAUUUAAAUACACAACAAAAUGGUUUCAGAAAAGAACAGAGCAAUGUUUAGAAAAAUAUCAUCUUUGUGCACGUAGCUGUUCCUUUCACAGAGGAGGACUGGGCUUUGCUGGAUCCUGACCAGAGAGCUCUGCAGAAGGAAGUCAAGGAUCUUGGGAUCGUGGCCUCUCUGGUAAGGCUCCCUGCUGGAUCAUAAGAUCAGUUUUGAAAUUCCAUACAGAUCUCUGUAGGACAAACCUCCUCUAUUUUGAGGGAGCCCAAUAGCACCACCUACAGCAUCUGAGAUGUUAACACACCCACAACUCUCCAUAGGAGAUGUAUCUCCUGUUCUGUCUGGGAAUAUUCUUCCACCAGUCCUGCCUUUUCAAACCAUGAGGAGGCUGGUCUGAGCUGCCCAGGCCUUCUUCAGUGUAGGCUUCAGAGAUAUUAAGGACAUGGAGGUACAUCCUGUCUAAUUUUCUGUUUCCCUUUCUGCAUCUCUCUGUUUUGGGUUGAGCAAAGAAAUGACUGAGCUUGGAGAUGGAGUGGAUUCCAUGACUGAGCCAAAUUAAAUCCAUCCCUGGAAAGAGCCAGGCUUUUUGAAUCUCCAGGUCCCAUAAAUACGUUAGCUAAUACCAGCCAAAAAAGGCAGUAACUCCCUUCCCUUCUUCCUCUUUCACAAACAUUCAUUUGCAUUCUUCAGUCAUUUCAGCCUCAAUUUCUUCCUCAGGGCAUUAUUAUUAUUAUUGUUAUUGUUAUUAAUAAUAAUAAUAAAAUUUAUAUCCCGCCCUCCCCAGCCGAAGCCGGGCUCAGGGCGGCUAACAACACUAAAAUAGUGCAACAUUCUAAAAACAUUAUAAAAAUUAAUUAAAAUCAAAAUUGAUGGCAACCAUAAACUAAAGUUCUGUAAAGAUUGCCAAAGGAGGGAGUCAGGCUGCGCCCUGACCAAAGGCCUGGUGGAACAGCUCUGUCUUGCAGGCCUUGCGGAAAGAUGUCAAGUCCUGCAGGGCCCUUGUCUCUUGUGACAGAGCGUUCCACCAGGUUGGAGCCGCAGCCGAAAAAGCCCUGGCUCUAGUUGAGGCCAGCCUAACCUCUCUGUGGCCCUGGUCCUUCAAGAUGUUUUUAUUUGAAAACCGUAAGUUCCUCUGUGGGGCAUACCAGGAGAGGCGGUCCCAUAGGUACAAGGGUCCUAAGCCAUAUAGGGCUUUGAAGGUUAAAACCAGCACCUUAAACCUGAUCCUGUGUUGGGAUACUGCCAGGGAGACAAAGUCCAUCAUGGCCCCACGUCGCCUCCGGACGUCCAUCGAUCUCCCGUAGACACGCAGUAUCAGCAAUUAGCGACACGAGCUCCAGAAAAUAGCUUGCCACAUUCCAGGGCUGAUGCACGCUCUUAUCAGCAGAUAAUGCACAGCAAAAGAUGCACGCAGGAGAGCAUAUUUACAAGUUUAUUCAGCGUUGGUCAGAACAAAGAAAAACAUGACUGCCUGCUUCAGCGUUCAGGCACCAAGAGAGAAACAAAAGCAACAGAUAACCAUGUUCAAAUAUAUAAAAGGAUGUCACAUAGAGGAGGGAGAAAGGUUGUUUUCUGCUGCUCCAGAGAAGCGGACACGGAGCAAUGGAUCCAAACUACAAGAAAGAAGAUUCCACCUAAACAUUAGGAAGAACUUCCUGACAGUAAGAGCUGUUUGACAGUGGAAUUUGCUGCCAAGGAGUGUGGUGGAGUCUCCUUCUUUGGAGGUCUUUAAGCAGAGGCUUGACAACCAUAUGUCAGGAGUGCUCUGAUGGUGUUUCCUGCUUGGCAGGGGGUUGGACUCGAUGGCCCUUGUGGUCUCUUCCAACUCUAUGAUUCUAUGAUUCUAUAGCAAACAUAAACAUCCUGUGAACAGGAAAUACGCAGACUCUGUGACUCUCAAAGCCUGCUCCCUUUUAAGGUGGAACGGAAAUAUCCUAACAUCCUCCCCCUUUCCGUGUAACCUGUAGUACCUGUGGUUCAACCGAAUUGCAGCCUUUGUACGUAAACCUUAAGUUGUUCUCUGUUAACAACCUUAGACAACAGAUCAGCAGGAAUUUCAUUUCCUGCCAUGUAGGACACCUGAAUGAGUCCUUUCUGAAUACACUCUCUUGCACGAUGUAGCUUAAUCUGCAAGUACUUGGUUCUUUGCUUGCAACUCUCCGAGUUCAGCAAAGCCAAACAGGAUCUAUUGUCUUGAUACACUUGUAUAGGACAUUUCACAGAAACACUGAUGUCCUUAAAUAGUUGCAUCAACCAUUCACAAUCCAUGAGUGAAAAUGACAGUGCAUUGAGUUCUGCUUCACAGGAACUUAGGCAUACUGUCGUCUGCUUUUUGCAUAGCCAGUCAAACAGACAGUGGUUGUACAUGUAGCAUACUCCAGAAGUGCUUGUACCAUCCGUGGUGUCACUUCCAAAACUUGCAUCUGCAAAGAUUUCAAGACCUCCAGUCUUCUGACUGGUGAACCUCAGCCUGUACUGCAAAGUCCCUUUCAAAUAGCGGGCUAUGCGCUUCAGAGCUUUCCAAUCCUGAACAGUAGGAUUGUUAGCAUGUCUGCUAAGCAGGUUAGUGCUUACAGCUAUGUCAGGUCUUGAGCAUCUAGCAAUGAAAUUCAACUUGCCUAGAAUGCAUCUGUACAGCGUUGUGUCAGAAAACGCUUCAGCAGUACUAUCUACCUGGUAACCUGUCACCAUCGGUGUGUCUGCUGGGUUUGCAUCAACCAAAUUCAACCUGGUUAAUACAUCAGCAAUUUUCUGUGUUUGGUGUACCAGAAAAUUACCUGCUUGGUCCCUCUCCACCUGCAGAGAAAGAUAGUUGGAUACCUCACCAAGAUCCUUCAUGUCAAAGUGCUCCUUCAGCUGAGCUAGGGUGCCUUGGUAGAAAGCCUGAUUCUUCCAAAACAUCAGAAGAUCAUCAACAAAACAUAAACAAUACAGUUUGUUUUGCCCCUCCUCCUUGACAAACACACACGGAUCAGCUUUGCCCUGGUGAAAACGUAGAGAAAGCAAUGUCUAAGUGAGUUUCGUGUUCCAACACCUGGUACUCCGCUUGAGACCAUAUAAGGAUUUCCGCAGUUUACAGACCAUUCCCUUCUGUAUCUGCAUCCCGUCAGGUCGAAGCAUGUACAGCUCCUCCCCCAAAAUCCCGUACAAAAAAGCUGUAUUAAUGUCAUGAUGGGAAACAUGCAGUUUCUCCUCUGCAGCGAUCUUGAGCAUCAGCCGAAUGCUCUCAUAUUUGACGGUGGGUGAGUAGGUCUCGUGGUAAUCCUGUCCUGGUACCUGUGAAAAACCUCUGGCAACCAAUCUGGCUUUGUGUCUGACUACCUUGCCAUUCUGGUCUGUCUUGGCCUUGAAGACCCAUUUGCUGCCAACCAGUCUCAUCCCUGGGACUACCGGUACCAGUUCCCAAGUUUGGUUCCUGUUCAAGGAAUCAACUUCAGCCUUCAUGGCAUUUAGCCAAGGCUCAGCAUCUUUAGAGGUUAACUCCUGAACCUCUUUGAAGCUUGAAGGUUCCCACACCUUCUCUGAGCUACUAAGAACAGCAGUUGCCGUCUUAGCAAACUCAUCAGCAAAUCUCUUUGGAGGUUUGCCCUUGGUGGCUCUCUCAGAUCUGCGUACUAGACGCAAGUCUUCUCAACUCAUUUCCUCUUUCUUAGGAGAAAAGUGACCAAUGGUGAACAGUGGUUCUUCCAGUUCAUUGUCAGACGCAUCAGAUGGUCUGACUGAGGCCUUUGCGCUCUUGUAGUCUGCUGUGUCAUCACUGUCACUGACAUCAGCAGCAGCGCCGCCCACUGAGCUGGAAUCCGAACUCUGAUCAUCAUCAUCCUCAGCUUCCUCAGCUUCCUCAGCAUCAUCUGCUUUUUUCACAUCACCUUCAUCUUCCUCUGGGUAACUCUGGAAAAUUCCCACAUUUCCCCCCCACUUAGGAUUGUACUCAACACUCCUUGUGAACUUUAUGGACUUAGAGUCAGUCAUCCAUACCCUGUAUGCACCUUUUUCGUACCCCAUGAACAAACCAUGUGCCCCAUGCUUCCCAAGCUUGUUGCUCUGUGGGGUGUGUACCCACAUGUCAGAACCAAAGAUUGUCAUGUGCUUGACGUGAGGUUUCUUACCAAACAUCUUCUCAUAGGGAGUGCAACCAAUAGGUGAUGACAAUCUGCGAUUAAAAGUGUAAACAUACGAGUUCAAAAACUCCCCCCAAAACUUUUCAGGGAGAUUGGCAUCAUGCAACAAUGUUUUCAGUCCUUGCAGCAACGUUUGCUUUGCUUGCUCACAAAUCUCCCAUGGAGAUCCAGGAUUUGAGAGGCUAUGCUGGAUUCCCUUCUCAGUCAGGAAAGCUUCAAACUGCUGAGAAGUGAAUUCAGCCUCUCGAUUAGUAAACAAACAGCCAAUGCGUUUACUGUGAACAUUCUCCAACCAAGCACAGAAUGCCUUGAACCUAGGAAACGCUUGCGAUUUCUGCUCGAGCAUAAACACAUGAAUGUACCUGGGAAAAGAAUCAAUUAGAACCAUGAAGUACCUUGCUCCACCCAAAGAGGGCGCAAGUGGACCAACCAGGUCUGCGUGGACUAGCUGGUAGGGUUUGGAAGCCUGCCUGCUAGACUCCUUGCCUUUUGGAGCAACCUUCACCUUGUUCUCUGCACAAGAUACACAUUUCAUGUGAAACUUACAGGGUUUGAUGUUCAAACCCUCAACCAUCUCUGGCAUCUUGGCCAGCGCCUGCCAAGAGAGGUGACAAAAUCUUCUGUGUGCAUCAUGAAUGCAUCCUGCAUGAAGAACUUUGUUAGUUUGUGCAACACAACAAGAAUCAACAUUAGACAUAGCAACAGCUUUGUCAUCAUAAGUUAUACAGAACAAACCAUCUAUAAACUUUGCAUGCAAAAUGUCCUCUUUGCCUUUCCUGAUGACACAGACGCUCCUCUUGAAGGAUAUCUCAAAACCACGCCCAGUCAGCUGUGGGACACUGAGCAAAUUGUCUGCAGCACCUGGAACAUAAAGUACAUCUUUGAUGGUAGUGUGCAGACUUGCCAGUUUCACAGUCCCUUCUCCUGCAAUUCGUAACGUCUUUCCGUCAACCAGGUGGAUCUCACCAUCUUGAGGUGUGAAGGAGAGAAAGAGAUGCCGGUCUUUUGUGAGAUGACGGGUGCAUCCUGAAUCCACAAUAAAUCUGGCCUUGGCCUUUGGAGCAGCUGUGCCAGCAAACAAAGCCUUGUUUUCCACUGGCGUGGGCUCUUCACCCCCCUUCUGCUUCGGGCCAUCUGCAGGCAUCUGUCUCUGUUUACUUCUGGCCUUCCGGUAUCUGUGAGGAUGACCUUGGCUCCCAUGAGAAACAGAGCUCUCAGCUGCCUACUCCUUGGCUCCCCCUGGAGGCUGGAAUGCUGCCUGGGAUGACAUCACAGUCAGCUCCCCCUGCAGCUUGCAACCGGUGCCCUCAGCAUCCCUGCAUUCACUCGCAUUCUGGGAAACAGCCAGGACCUCCGACGCAGUCAAACUCUGGGCUGGGAUGAUUGGCAGAUGGGCUACUUUCAAAGCAUUCCACAUCUGACGUGCAGUCGUGUUGCCAGCUAGCGUGGCAAUUUCCUCCAGAGAGACGGACAAGACUAUUACGUCCAUGGCCUUCGAAUGUUGGGCCUUCCAUCUAUCUGUCAGAGGAACUGGAGGGGCUUCACACACAGUAUGCCACACUCCAAACUGUCGCAACAAACUCUCACACCACACAGCCCAGGUCUUAUAAUUGUGGCCAUUUAGCUUUGGGCACUCAGCAGCCUCAGAAGCUUGGAAAAACUCCAUUCCAGCUUUUUACUUGAGCCGUGAGUCUAUUUCACUUCAGAGACUUCUUAUAGAAUCAUAGAAUCAUAGAAUCAUAGAGUUGGAAGAGACCACAAGGGCCAUCGAGUCCAACCCCCUGCCAAGCAGGAAACACCAUCAGAGCACUCCUGACAUAUGGUUGUCAAGCCUCUGCUUAAAGACCUCCAAAGAAGGAGACUCCACCACACUCCUUGGCAGCAAAUUCCACUGUCGAACAGCUCUUACUGUCAGGAAGUUCUUCCUAAUGUUUAGGUGGAAUCUUCUUUCUUGUAGUUUGGAUCCAUUGCUCCGUGUCCGCUUCUCUGGAGCAGCAGAAAACAACCUUUCUCCCUCCUCUAUGUGACAUCCUUUUAUAUAUUUGAACAUGGCUAUCAUAUCACCCCUUAACCUCCUCUUCUCCAGGCUAAACAUGCCCAGCUCCCUUAGCCGUUCCUCAUAAGGCAUCGUUUCCAGGCCUUUGACCAUUUUGGUUGCCCUCCUCUGGACACGGCAGCUCAUUAAUCACGAAGCCUUUGGCGCAGCUUCCAGGCCAAUUAGUCUGCCGGAGAUCAAAGUCUCUUGCCGCAGCAAACAGAAAAGCCUUAUUUGCUUUCGCUUUUCCACACAUACCUCAGCAGUCUGUCGCCGUCUUACUCUCCUGUAAGUGCCGUGAAUCUGGGCCCAAAACCUGUUGUUGGGAUACUGCCAGGGAGACAAAAUCCAUCGUGGCCCCACGUCGCCUCCGGACGUCCAUCGAUCUCCCGUAGACACGCAGUAUCAGCAAUUAGCGACACGAGCUCCAGAAAUAGCUUGCCACAUUCCAGGGCUGAUGCACGCUCUUAUCAGCAGAUAAUGCACAGCAAAAGAUGCACACAGGAGAGCAUAUUUACAAGUUUAUUCAGGGUUGGUCAGAACAAAGAAAAACAUGACUGCCUGCUUCAGCGUUCAGGCACCAAGAGAGAAACAAAAGCAACAGCAAACAUAAACAUCCUGUGAACAGGAAAUACGCAGACUCUGUGACUCUCAAAGCCUGCUCCCUUUUAAGGUGGAACAGAAAUAUCCUAACAUCCUGUACUCCACCGGGAGCCAGUGCAGCUGGUAUAGCACCGGAUGAAUGUGAUCUCGCAGCGAAGACCCCGUAAAGAGUCUCGCCGCGGCAUUCUGCACCCGCUGGAGUUUCUGGGUCAGUCUCUUUUUUUUUUAAAAAAAAUGAUAUUUAUUGGAGUUUCACAUGAAAAAAACAUCUUAAUAAAAAAAGAAAUUUAAAAAUAGAAAAAAAAACCAUACAAAGUACAAAAUACAAAAAGAAAAAAGAAAAAACAGUUAAAAACAAUUCCAUCUUUUCAUCACAACUUUUACGUUUACUUAUUUCCCGGACCUCCUCAUACCUCCCUCUUUUGUAUUCCAAUUCAGUUUGUCCAGCAAUUCCUUUCCCUCCUUUUUAAUCCCAUCCUUAAUCUUAAUAUAAUAUAACAUUAAAUUUUAAUCUAUUAAAAACCAAUUUUCCAUUUCUUUUGACUUUUUUUAGUCCUAAUCCUUAAUCUUAAUCUAUAUAUAGCUUUAAAGUCUGUACAGCUAGAAGCCACUUAAUUUCAAUCCAACAUCACUCUAACAUUCUUUAAUUUUGCAAUAUUUCUGUAAAUAGUCUUUAAAUUUCUUCCAAUCUUCUUCCACCGACUCUUCUCCCUGGUCACGGAUUCUGCCAGUCAUUUCCGCCAGUUCCAUAUAGUCCAUCACCUUCAUCUGCCAUUCUUCCAGAGUGGGUAGCUCUUGUGUCUUCCAAUACUUUGUGAUGAGUAUUCUUGCUGCUGUUGUAGCAUACAUGAAGAAAGUUCUAUCCUUUUUUAACACCGAUUGGCUGACUAUGCCCAGGAGAAAGGCCUCUGGUUUCUUCAAGAAGGUAUAUUUAAAUACCUUUUUUAAUUCAUUAUAUAUCAUCUCCCAGAAAGCCUUAAUCCUUGGGCACGUCCACCAAAGGUGAAAAAAUGUACCUUCAAUUUCCUUACAUUUCCAACAUUUAUUAUCAGGCAAAUGGUAGAUUUUUGCAAGCUUGACUGGGGUCAUGUACCACCUGUAUAUCAUUUUCAUAAUAUUCUCUCUUAAGGCAUUACAUGUCGUAAAUUUCAUACCUGUGGUCCAUAACUGUUCCCAAUCAGCGAACAUAAUGUUAUGUCCAACGUCUUGUGCCCAUUUAAUCAUAGCAGAUUUCACCGUUUCAUCCUGAGUGUUCCAUUUCAGCAGCAAGUUAUACAUUCUUGACAAAUUAUUAGUUUUGGGUUCUAACAGUUCUGUUUCUAAUUUUGAUUUUUCCACCUGGAAGCCAAUUUUCUAGGAGUUUCUGGGUCAGUCUCAAGGGCAGCCCCACGUAGAGCGAGUUACAAUAAUCCAGUCUGGAGGUGACCGUCACGUGGAUCACAGUGGCUAGGUCAGGGUGAGAGAGGUAAGGAGCCAACUGCUUAGCUUGGCGGAGAUGAAAAAAUGCUGCCUUUGUUAUAGCUGCAAUCUGCGCCUCCAUGGAGAGGGAGGUAUCGAAGAUUACACCCAAACUCUUAAUGGACGGUGCUGGCACUAAUUGCACCCCCGCAAGAGAUGGGAGUUGCCCCCUCAAUCCCAUAUCGUCCCGUCCCAGCCAGAGGAGCUCUGUCUUCGAAGGAUUUAACUUCAACCGGCUUCUACGUAACCAUCCAGCCACAGCUUCCAAGCAUCUGAUCAGUGUGUCUGGGGCCGAGUCAGGAUGGCCAUCCAUCAACAGAUAGAGUUGGGUGUCAUCAGCAUACUGAUGGCAGCCCAGCCCAAAACUCCGGACAAGCUGGGUGAGGGGGCGCAUAAAGAUAUUAAAAAGCAUUGGGGAGAGUAUUGCAGCCUGGGGCACUCCACACACCAAGGAGUGGCGCGAUGACAAUUCCCCCCCAAGCGCCACCCUCUGUCCCCAACCAGAGAGAAAUGAGCGCAGCCAUUGAAGGACUGUGCCCUGGAUCCCCACGUCGGCAAGGCGGUGGUCCAGGAGUUCGUGAUCAACCAUGUUGAAGGCUGCUGACAGGUCUAGAAGAAUCAGCAGCCCCGACCCGCCUCAAUCCAGCUGCCUGCGGAGAUCAUUUGUUAGGGCGACCAGAGCCGUCUCGGUCCCAUAACCAGCGCGGAAGCCGGACUGGAAUGGAUCCAGAGCCGAUGUUUCAUCCAGAAACCUACCGGCAACCGCUCUCUCAAUCACCUUACCCAGGAAUGGAAGAUUCGAAACCGGGCAGUAAUUGGAUAGAUCUAAGGGAUCUAAUGAUGCUUUCUUUAAGAGCAGGCGCACCACUGCCUCCUUCAGUCCCCUGGGAAUGUCCCGGUGCCAAGGGACAAAUUGAUGAUAUCCCCCAGGGGGGUCCGCACCUCGUCCCACGAUUGGAAUGUAAUAAUGGAGGGAUACAAUCUAUUUCAGAGAAACAGACCAGACAAGAAAGGAGGAGGAGUGGGGUUAUAUGUCAGGGAUGUGUAUACCUGUGAAGAGAUCCAAGAUUUAGAACCUCAAAGCCAAAGUGAGAGCAUUUGGGUCAAAAUUAAGGGAGAGAAGAAUAACAGAGACCUCAUUGUGGGAGUUUACUAUAGAUCCCCAAGCCAAACGGAGGACAUAGAUGAUGCCUUCCUGGAACAGAUGGCCAAGCAUGCAAAAGGAAGGAGAUAGUAGUAAUGGGGGGACUUCAAUUACCCGGAUAUUUGUUGGAUGUUAAACUCAGCCAAGAGCAUAAGGUCAAACAGAUUCCUCACUGGCCUUGCAGACAACUUCAUUGUCCAGAAAGUGGGAGAAGCAACAAGAGGAACAGCCAUUUUAGAUCUGGUCCUAACCAAUGUUGAUGACCUGGUUAGUGGGGUAGAAGUGGAAGGAUCAUUAGGCGCGAGUGAUCAUGCUCUUCUGAAGUUUACUAUACAGCGGAAAGGAGCAGCCAAGCAUACUAGGACUCAAUUUCUUGACUUUAAGAAAGCUGACUUCAUAAAACUUAGGGAAGUGCUGGGUGAGAUCCCAUGGACAGUAAUACUAAAAGGAAAGGGAGUUCAUGAUGGCUGGGAGUUUGUUAAGAGGGAGAUACUAAAAGCACAACUUCAGGCAAUACCAAUGAGACGGAAACAUGGAAGGUGCCUAAAGAAGCCAGGGUGGCUAUCUAAAGAACUUUUAACUGAGUUAAGAUUUAAAAAGGAUGUGUACAAAAAAUGGAAAAGGGGGGAAACCACCAAAGAGGAAUUCAAACAAAUAGCCAGCACGUGUAGACACAAAGUCAGAAAAGCUAAAGCACAGAAUGAACUCAGGCUUGCUAGAGAGGUUAAAAGCAACAAAAAGGCUUUUAUGGGUAUGUUCGUAGCAAAAGGAAGAACAAAGAAACAGUGGGGUCACUCAGAGGAGAAGAUGGUGAAAUGCAAACAGGGGACACAGAAAGGGCUGAACUCCUCAAUGCCUUCUUUGCCUCAGUCUUCUCCGAUAAAGAAAACAAUGCCCGACCUGAAGAAUUUGGAGCAAAUGAUUCAGCAGAGGAAACACAGCCCAGAAUAACUAAGGAGAUAGUACAAGAAUACUUGGCUAGUUUAGAUGUAUUCAAGUCUCCAGGGCCAGAUGAACUGCAUCCAAGAGUAUUAAAAGAACUGGCAGAUGUGAUCUCAGAACCACUGGCAGUCAUCUUUGAGAAUUCCUGGAGAAAAGGCGAAGUCCUGGCAGACUGGAGGAGGGCAAAUGUUGUCCCUAUUUUCAAAAAGGGGAAAGAGAGGACCCAAAUAAUUAUCGCCCAGUCAGUCUGACAUCAAUACCAGGGAAGAUUCUGGAGCAGAUCAUUAAGCAAACAGUCUGUGAGCACCUAGAAAGGAAUGCUGUGAUCACCAAUAGUCAGCAUGGAUUUCUGAAAAAUAAGUCAUGUCAGACUAACCUGAUCUCGUUUUUUGACAAAAUUACAAGCCCGGUAGAUGAAGGGAACGCAGUGGAUGUAGCCUACCUUGAUUUCAGCAAGGCAUUUGACAAGGUGCCCCAUGAUAUUCUUGUAAAGAAGCUGGUAAAAUGCGGUCUUGACUAUGCUACCACUCAGUGGAUUUGUAACUGGCUGACUGACCGAACCCAAAGGGUGCUCAUCAAUAGUUCCUCUUCAUCCUGGAGAAGAGUGACUAGUGGGGUGCCACAGGGUUCUGUCUUGGGCCCGGUCUUAUUCAACAUCUUUAUCAACGACUUGGAUGAUGGACUCAAGGGCAUCCUGAUCAAAUUUGCAGAUGACACCAAACCGGGAGGGUGGCUAACACCCCAGAGGACAGGAUCACACUUCAAAACGACCUUGACAGAUUAGAGAACUAGGCCAAAACAAACAAGAUGAACUUUAACAGGGAGAAAUGUAAAGUAUUGCACUUGGGCAAAAAUGAGAGGCACAAAUACAAGAUGGGGGACACCUGGCUUGAGAGCAGUACAUGUGAAAAGGAUCUAGGAGUCUUGGUUGACCACAAACUUGACAUGAGCCAACUGUGUGACACGGCAGCUAAAAAAGCCAAUGCAAUUCUGGGCUGCAUCAAUAGGAGUAUAGCAUCUAGAUCAAGGGAAGUAAUAGUGCCACUGUAUUCUACUCUGGUCAGACCUCACCUGGAGUACUGUGUCCAGUUCUGGGCACCACAGUUCAAGAAGGACACUGACAAACUGGAACGGGUCCAGAUGAGGGCAACCAAAAUGGUCAAAGGCCUGGAAACGAUGCCUUAUGAGGAACGGCUAAGGGAGCUGGGCAUGUUUAGCCUGGAGAAGAGGAGGUUAAGGGGUGAUAUGAUAGCCAUGUUCAAAUAUAUAAAAGGAUGUCACAUAGAGGAGGGAGAAAGGUUGUUUUCUGCUGCUCCAGGGAAGCGGACACGGAGCAAUGGAUCCAAACUACAAGAAAGAAGAUUCCACCUAAACAUUAGGAAGAACUUCCUGACAGUAAGAGCUGUUCGACAGUGGAAUUUGCUGCCAAGGAGUGUGGUGGAGUCUCCUUCUUUGGAGGUCUUUAAGCAGAGGCUUGACAACCAUAUGUCAGGAGUGCUCUGAUGGUGUUUCCUGCUUGGCAGGGGGUUGGACUCGAUGGCCCUUGUGGUCUAUUCCAACUCUAUGAUUCUAUUCUAUUUUAUUCGUCUGGCCUCCUUGAUGUGUGGGGCCCGAAACAAACUGGGAGAGCCCUAGUGUCACCAUAGAAGACACCAGGUCCACAGCCUGUGAGGAGGGAGUGGCAUCAACAUGGAUGUUGAAGUCCCCCAAUACCAAUAGGUUAGGGAACUCCAAGGCCCAGCCGGCUACCGCCUCCAGCAGGCCUGACAGGGUGGCUGCUGGUGCGCUAGGUGGCCGGUACACCAGCCAGACAGCCAAGCUCACCUCGGAGUCCCACACUAGGCCAACACAUUCAAUGCCGGGGAUCGAUGGCAGUGGAGGACUGGUGGAGGACGGAGAAACCCGGGGGUGCCAUCUCUCGUAAGGUAACAGUUUCCCCUUCGCGCACCCAGGUCUCCGUCACACAAGCCAGGUCGACCCCCUGCGAGGUGAAGAAAUCUCACUGGGUGGCGGUUUUGUUACCUAUAGAUCUGGCAUUGCACAACACCAGUGACGGAGGUGAGUAAUCCUUGCUCACCCUACCCUCGUCCCUCGGGAUGGGGCGCAGAUUGGAAGGGGUACGAGCAUAUCCGUAUCUCGAUCCCCUUCGCCUAUGACAUCUGCCCCCACCGCCAUACCUCCCUCGCCUCAUUGGGUGAAUUGUACUACUAACAAGGGACAUAGAAUGCAUAAAAUCCUUUUUGGCUGACACUAAUAAAAUUUUUACCAUCCUGAUAGGUACUUGUAAAACCUUCUGGAAUAAAAUCUGGCAGAGAGUGUGGAACCGGAUAACAACAAUAAUAUCUUUUAAAAUAGAUCAACACGGGAAGUUAAAAGAGCCGAGAGGGCAAACCAUGGCAAAAGGAGGUCUAUAAGCACAAAGAAAAGCAAAAACGUUAAAAAUUACAAAAUAGUGCAACAUAAAAAAGUUGAGUUUAGAAAACUUUUUAACCUGCCUGAGAGCAGCUCUUGCUCUGGGUCCAGACAGAAGACUUUAGAAGUUUGUACUCUACUGGAAUCUGCACACUAGAUCCCUAUAGCAAUAUGAAACUAUAUGCAAGAUUAUCAAAUGGUCUGAUGUCCUGUCAGAAGCCAAAACCAAACCAGGGAGAGGGUUUUGAUAAACAAGAAUUGGAAAUGGGUGCUGUCUCAAAAUAAGCUACUUCUCUCAAGCUACCCUAAGCCUUUGGGAAUCUUGUCACAAGAGGAGCGUAAAGUUUGUGAAUAUAGUGUAUAAGCACAGAGAAUAUCUUAGGAGGAGUGGUGUGUCAGUCUCAAGAUUAUUCCGAAAUGUGGCAUCACCAGCUCCUCUGCUUCCACAUUCAGCAACACCUCCAAAAAGUCCUCAGUUCAAGGCAGACUAUCCUGCUUUAGUUGACAAAAGAUUCUGCAGGUGACAAUCCAGACUAGCCAGAUGACCUGGACCCCAAGGAACCCCCUAACUGAAAGACCCCAGGGUCCUUGCACUUGAGGAAGCUGGGGAAUGACCUUAUUGAGAGUUCAAAGAGUAUCAACAGGGAUCUCCAUACAAAGCACCUAGCAUGGGGGCACCUACAGGUAAUAGUUACUCAUCUACUUUCUGCCCAUGCUCUGAUGUUGCAGUUUUCAGGCUUGGGGACAGGAUGGCGUCUGGUUUUGGCACCAACACCUGCUCAUAAGUCCCAUAAACCCAUAAGUCCAGUUGAAACUGGAACCACUGGAGAUGUUUAGAAAUGGGGCUACUGUUGGGAAGGGGUGCCCCAUUUGGGCUUCUCCAGGGGCUGUAGAAUAUCUAGGGCAGGAGAAUCCUUGCAGGGCCUCUGGGACUCCCUUUGCUUCUUCCUCUCCCCACCUCCAGCAUCACCGUCUGAGGCAGGGAGAGGUCUGCUAGGUGGCAGGGGGUGAAGAAGGGGAAAUGGAUGCAUGGGGGCUAGAGGGGGAAACCGCCCCCCCACAGGUAAGCAGAAAAGGCAGAGGGGGAAGGGAGGGAAGGAGUCUGCUCUAAAGACUCAGCAGGCGCAUGGAUCAGUGUUUGUCUGGAUAUAAGAGAAGGAGCAAUAUGUGGACUAUAUGGAACUGGCGGAAAUGACUGGCAGAAUCCGUGACCAGGGAGAAGAGUCGGUGGAGGAAGAUUGGAAGAAAUUCAAAGAUUAUUUACAGAAACACUGCAAAAUUCAUAGAAUCAUGGAAUCAUAGAGUUGGAAGAGACCACAAGGGCCAUCGAGUCCAACCCCCUGCCAAGCAGGAAACACCAUCAGAGCACUCCUGACAUAUGGUUGUCAAGCCUCUGCUUAAAGACCUCCAAAGAAGGAGACUCCACCACACUCCUUGGCAGCAAAUUCCACUGUCGAACAGCUCUUACUGUCAGGAAGUUCUUCCUAAUGUUGAGGUGGAAUCUUCUUUCUUGUAGUUUGGAUCCAUUGCUCCGUGUCCGCUUCUCUGGAGCAGCAGAAAACAACCUUUCUCCCUCCUCUAUGUGACAUCCUUUUAUAUUUGAACAUGGCUAUCAUAUCACCCCUUAACCUCCUCUUCUCCAGGCUAAACAUGCCCAGCUCCCUUAGCCGUUCCUCAUAAGGCAUCGCUUCCAGGCCUUUGACCAUUCUGGUUGCCCUCCUCUGGACACGUUCCAGUUUGUCAGUGUCCUUCUUGAACUGUGGUGCCCAGAACUGGACACAGUACUCCAGGUGAGGUCUGACCAGAGUAGAAUACAGUGGCACUAUUACUUCCCUUGAUCUAGAUGCUAUACUCCUAUUGAUGCAGCCCAGAAUUGCAUUGGCUUUUUUAGCUGCCGCGUCACACUGUUGGCUCAUGUCAAGUUUGUGGUCAACCAAGACUCCUAGAUCCUUUUCACAUGUACUGCUCUCAAGCCAGGUGUCCCCCAUCUUGUAUUUGUGCCUCUCAUUAAAGAAUGUUAGAGUGAUGUUGGAUUGAAAAUAAGUGGUUUCCAGCUGUACAGGAUUUAAAGUUUAGAUAGACUAAGAUUAAAGAUUAGGAUUAAAGAAGUUUAAGGAAAUGGAAAUUUGGUACUUAAGAGGUAAAACUUUAAUGCUAUAUUACAUUAAGAUUAAAGAUUGGGAUUAAAAAAGUGGAAAAGAAAUUGCUGGACAAACAAUUUGGACUGGAAUACAAAAGAGGGAGGUAUGAGGAGGUCCAGAAAAUAAGUAAAUUUAAAAACGGAAAUGAAAAGGUGAUAUUGUUUUUAACUGUUCUGGUUUUUUUUUUGUUUUCUGUUCUCUGUGUUUUUUUUUUUCUUUUUUGGAUUAUGUAUUGUGUAUUUGUGUAUUUCUUUUUUAUGUUUUUCUGUUUAAUUUGUUACUGAAACCUUAAUAAAAAUCAUUAAAAAAAAAAAAGAGAAGGAGCAAUAUGCAGAGCAUCCCUGUGCAGAUUUACUCAUAAGUAGGCCCCACUGAGUCCAAUGGUAUCUACUCUCUGGUCACUACUGUGCAGACCAUGCCAGCCUUACAAAGUGGGGUGAGGAGCUGAUAUUGGAAUCACUGGAAUUGUUUAGAAAUGGGGCUUCUGGUUCCUGUCUGCCUUAAUGGAUGCCACUCCCACGAUAGCAGAGAUCGUUAGCAAAGAAUAAACAAGGAUGAUUUGAGCAUAAUUGUCCUUGCAAGCUCCCCCCAGAGCCCGGGCUGAGUGAGCUUCACUUGCAGAUUGUCUCAAUACCUGGCUCUCGCUCCAGCAUGGAAUCCGAAACGCAGGGAGGCGCUGAGUGCAAAAGCACUUUGCCUAUCGGUAACCUUCCUAUGCAGCCAUUGAGAAGCAGAGGUACUUCUGUUUAUUAGAGCGAAAUUAGGACUAAUAUACAGACGUGUGCUGGAACAGAAGGAACAAGAUCAUAAACUGCUAAACUGAAACAGAUACAAAGCCAAAACAAUUUGAACUGGGAAGAAGACUUCCUUCGAUGAAAAAUGUAUGUUGUUGGGGAGGGGGGAGCCUUUACCUUUUCUUUAUAUAUAUCAUGUUUGCAACAUAAAUGAUUCGGCAACACACACACACAAACACACACACACCCUGAAUGCAAACAAACUGAUAAAAAGCAAGAGGAGAAAAAAGAGAAUGGGAUUAUAUUUAUGGAUUACAACAAAAAAGAGAACUAUGUGACAAAAUUGAAAUGGAUUUAAAGUCUUGAGCUUUCACUGUAUUGCUAUGGAAGGAAAUGGAGUUUGAGCUUUGAUGAUCGGCUAUGGCUUUGGCAGGAUGCCAGAUCGUUAUUGAGAGAGUUGGACGGAAGGAGAAGCUGGAGUCUUGCCAGAGCUUUGGCGGGACGCCAGAUUACUCUCUAUCUAGACUCAAACAAUAACAAAAAAGGGAGAGAAGAUGGCGUGUGACGCAGUUGAAAUUACAGCCUCAUUCUCUGGUAACAAAGGAAAAGAAAGAGCAAAAGAGCAGAAGCUGCGAUGCUGUGCAGGACAUGAUGGAGAACAGGAGGAAUGAGGAAUCAACAUGGAAAAAAUGAAGAUCACAUACAGCAGGGAUGUCCCACAGGUCGAUCGCAGGCUCCUUUUCCUUUGCUUUUGCCUAAGAGCACCUGGCCCCGCCUCCUCUCCCUCGCUGCGUUUUGUCCUUUGCUCUUGAAUGGAAGACAUAGUUUUAGCUGCUUCUACAGCAAUAUUUUGGUCAGCGGCUAAUCCCCCUCCCCAAAAGGAACCCCACUAAAAUGGAGCAUUUCCCCUCUCUAAAACAAGCUGAACAACUUUGACCUGAACCCCAAUAAAACGGGGGUAGAUCACUCCCAGUUUUUAAUUCUGUGAGUAGCUCGCAGUCUCCUGGAAGUUGGCCACCCUUGACAUACAGGAAAUAUAUGGGGUACAGAAGUCCUCUGGCAAAAAUAAAAUUUAUUAAAUGUCUAAGUACAAAAGGAAGUCAAAAACUCUGUAGUUGCUGAUAAGGGAUUAAGAUCAAGACAGAAGGGAAUUGGAUUAAGACAGACUUCGGAAGCAGGAUGAAACAAAAUUAUCUCCCCUUGAAAUCUAGCACGCGGGAGGCCACACAAAAUGUACAAUGGACUUCAUAAUUUAUUUGAAUUGUAAUUGUAAUUUGAGGUUGAUAAAAUGUGGUUUAUAUUGGAUUUUAGUAAUGGAAAAGGCAUAAAAAUUAUUGAAUACACAAAAGAAAAAAUGGGGCUUCUCUUGGGAAGGGGCUGCCCCAUUUGUGCUUCUCCAGGGGCAGGAGAAUAUCUAGGGCAGGAGAAUCCCUGCAGGGCCUCUGAGGCUCCCUUUGCUUCUUCCUCUCUCCCAGGACCCUCCAGCUUCUUUUGGCUCCUCGACUCCUCAGGAAGGAUGAAAGAGACGGAUCCUGCAAAACUAGCGAGGAUGGAAGGGGGAAGAUGGACGGUUGACCUGGUCAGGUUGUCUCCUGCAUCCCUCCCCACAACCUCUGAGCGUUCCCUCCCAGGGACCUCUGAGAGAUCUGGUGAGUUCCAGGGGAGGGGAGAUGGGGACAAGGAUGGAUUCAGCCAGAGAGGUAUUGGGGCUUCCUCAGCUUGGGCGUGGGGGGAGGCAGGCAGGCGGAUGGAGAUGGAGAAGGGAAGCAUCUUUUCGGGCUCCCCGCCUGCCUGCCUGCCUGCCUGCCUGCCUGCACCUUUGUCAUCUGCAGGGAAUUUGAGCUAGGAAUACAUCACAGCUCCCCACCCAAAGCGAUGUAUUGGCAGCUCAAAAUGUCUAAAACCAGUUCUGUGAUCUGGAUGCCUUACCAGUGCCAGACAACUCACUGAUCCGUCGCGCAGCACUAGAAGCCACGACUCUUGAAAGGAACCUGAUCCUACUUUGCAAACUGAAUGCAAGUGGGGCCUCUGUGUGCUGCCUUUUUCUUUUUGUAUAACUUUUAUUUGCUUUUAAAAAUGAGGAACAUAGGAAUAAUAAAUGAUACAAAUAUGUAGGCUGAGUGUUUUCAUGACAUUUGUAUAUCUCAAAAAUAACAGAAUAAAUUUGCUGGAAUAUAAUAGGAGCUCUUGCGGCCAUUUAAGUGCUCAGAUUAAGUGUGAGUAAUAGUCAUCUUUCCUCUUCUGUUACCAAGGAAACAGGGGGUUGGACUCGAUGGCCCUUGUGGUCUCUUCCAACUCUAUGAUUCUAUGAUUCUAAGACAGAAUUGGUCUCGUCAUAAACAUGGGAGGGCGGUUCAACAUGAAGAAAGAGAUUUAUGUAUAAAUUUGAAUUUAGACCAACCAGAUUGAGAUAACUUCUGAUUGGGGAGUGUUCAGGUGACGAUGUUGCUGUUUGUUUCACAGACAAGGCAUGGAUGUUGCUGGAUCCUGACCAGACAGCUCAGCAUAAAGAAGUCAAGGAGGAGAAUCGUGGGAUUGUGGACUCUCUUGGUAAGGCUCCCUGUUGGAUCAUAAUAUCAGUUUUGAUUGGAGAUGGAGUGGAUUCCAGAACUCAGCCGGAAAAAUAUCCAUCCCAGAUAAAAGCCAAGCAAUAUUUCAGUUAAUACCAGCAAACAAAAACAGUGAAAACAAUAGGAUGCGUCACAUCUAAUUUUCUUCAGUUCUUCCUCUAUCACAAGCAUUCAUUAACGUUGUUGAAUAAACUUUAGCUCCAUUUCUUCCUGAGGCUCUAAUUAGCUUCUCUCUUCAUUGCAGAUAGUGAUGAAUUAGAAGGGAAAAACAAGGGAGACCACAACAGAAUCCACAUAGCGAAGAAGUCAGAUAAAUAUUCAGAGUGUGGAGAGAACAUCCGUCAGAGCUCCCAGUCCACCUCCCAUCAAAGAAAGAGCUUCAUUCGAAGGAAUAGCCUCACUUCACAUGAAAGACCACAGAGUAGGGAGAAAUUGUAUCAGUGCAGAGAAUGUGGAAAGAGCUUCAGUCGGAAGGAUCACCUCACUUCCCAUCACAGAAUUCAUACAGGGGAGAAACCUUUUCAAUGCCAUGAAUGUGGAAAGAGCUUCAGUCAGGAGGGGAAUCUCACUUCUCAUCAAAGAAUUCAUACAGGGGAGAAACCCUAUCAGUGCUUGGAAUGUGGAAAGAGCUUCAGUCAGGGAACCCAUCUCACCUCCCAUCACAGAAUUCAUACAGGGGAGAAACCUUUUCAAUGCCAUGAGUGUGGAAAGAGCUUCAGUCACAGUAAGACUCUCACUUCUCAUCAAAGAAUUCAUACAGGGGAGAAACCCUAUCAGUGCUUGGAAUGUGGAAAGAGCUUCAGUCUCAGGCACGAUCUUACUUCCCAUCAAAGAAUUCAUACAGGGGAGAAACCCUAUCAGUGCUUGGAAUGUGGAAAGAGCUUCAGUCAGGGAACCCAUCUCACCUCCCAUCACAGAAUUCAUACAGGGGAGAAACUUUUUCAAUGCCAUGAGUGUGGAAAGAGCUUCAGUCACAGUAAGAAACUCACUUCUCAUCAAAGAAUUCAUACAGGGGAGAAACCCUAUCAGUGCUUGGAAUGUGGAAAAAGCUUCAGUCACAGUGCCACACUCUCUUCUCAUCAAAGAAUUCAUACAGGGGAGAAACCCUAUCGGUGCUUGGAGUGUGGGAAGAGCUUUAGUGUCAGAAACAGUCUCACUUCUCAUCAAAGAAUUCAUACCGGGAAGAAACCCUAUCAGUGCUUGGAAUGUGGGAACAGAUUCAGUAAAAGCUCGAAUCUCACUUCCCAUCAAAGAACACAUACAGGGGAGAAACCCUAUCAUUGCUUCGAAUGUGGAAACAGUUUCAGGCAGGGGCCUGAGCUCACUUCCCAUCACAGAAUUCAUACAGGGGAGAAACCCUAUCAGUGCUUGGAAUGUGGAAAGAGCUUCACUCGGAACGGUCGCCUCACAUCCCAUCAAAAAAUUCAUACAGAGAGAAAACCAAAAAAGAAAAAUAAUAAAGCUAAAAUUAUUAAACAACCCUUACAAAACACAAUUACAUAGAAAAGAGAAAGGAGGAAGAAUAACUAAAAAUACCCUUUAUCACAUUUGUAUCAUAUAUAUCAUGACAGCAGCCACGAAAUUAAAAGACGCCUCCUUCUUGGGAGAAAAGCAAUGACAAACCUAGACAGCAUCUUAAAAAGCAGAGACAUCACCUUGCCAACAAAGGUCCGUAUAGUUCAAGCUGUGGUUUUCCCAGUAGUGAUGUACGGAAGUGAGAGCUGGACCAUCAAGAAGGCUGAUCGCCGAAGAAUUGAUGCUUUUGAAUUCUGGUCUGGAGGAGACUCUUGAGAGUCCCAUGGACUGCAAGAAUAUCCAACCUCUCCAUUCUGAAGGAAAUCAGCCCUGAGCGCUCACUGGAAGGACAGAUCCUGAAGCUGAGGCUCCAAGACUUUGGCCACCUCAUGAGAAGAGAAGACUCCCUGGAAAAGACCCUGAUGUUGGGAAAGAUGGAGGGCACAAGGAGAAGGGCACAACAGAGGACCAGAUGGUGGGACAGUGUUCUCCGAGCUACCAGCAUGAGUUUGACCAAACUGCGGGAGGCAGUGGAAGACAGGAGUGCCUGGCGUGCUCUGGUCCAUGGGGUCACGGAGAGUCGGACACAACUAAACAACAACAAUACAAAAAAUAGAAAAAGAGAUGAAAAGAAAACUCCCAUAUCCGUCUGAUAUGAUAUAUAUAUCAUAUCAUUCAUCAACCCAUAGAAAGACAGGCUCCCCCACUUCUCCCCUGCGUGAUCCCCUCUUCUCCCCGUAUCCCACCCUGAGAGAUCCUUCCUUCCCUGCGUUCCUUGCAGGUCCCUCCCACCUCCAACUCUCCUUUUCCUGUGUGUGGCCUCCUAGAUUCAAAAUAAAGGAAUCUUAAUAUAAAAAAUACAAAAAGAGAUGAAAAGGAAACUCCCAUAUCUGUCUGAAAAUCAUCUGUAGCAACAAUUAUUCAGAAUAUGCACUCCAGAAUAAACCCAGCUGUAUUUAGUAUCCAGCCUUUCUCCUCCCCUUCAGCAAGAUGACACUUUUCCUACAUCUCCCUCCCUAGCCCAGCCUUCAAAUCUUAAUCACUCAGACAGUUCAAUAUGACUCUUAUAAUGAUUGUCUAAUAAUCCAAAUUAAUAUUUCU